AUGUGUGGUUUCAAUCUUACGCAUGCUCUCAUCUGGCCGGGCCACUAUGCUCUUCUCCACACCAUAGUGGGCAAGAACGACGGCAGCGUGCAAGAUGUUCGGUACUUCGAGUGCACCGCUAAGCACGGAUCGUUCAUCCGCCAGUCGCAGGUGCAGCCUCUGCACACACCCACCCCUGUUGUGAGCACCCCUACGCAGACUCGUGUGGUGGCGGGAGGGUCUAGCAUACCCACACGCGUACAUACACCGACGUCUCCCGCUACCACACGCAGCCCCACCUCUCGCUUGCCGAGGCCCGGGGCAACCAGUUCGGUACCUCGGUCCAAGGCAACGCCCAUGCAGGAACCGCGCAUCGGGAAGGCGAGUGUCAGCCCGAGCGUAAGAGCUGGUACCAGCUCCGCUAGCCCGAAUAGCAGCAGAGCUGGAGCUGGUACCAAGACACCUGCUCAGAGUACUACCAAUAUGCAGACACCUGCUGGCUCGGGUGUUCGUGCGGGUGCGGUGGGAGUGAGUGACUCUAGGCUGGCCAACUCUCCGCGUGCUAGUGGUGCUACGCCCCACGCUCAGAAGAACUUGGUUGAGCCUAUCACUACUGCGGUAGUGGACGAUGGAGAGGUGCUGCGACUGACAGAGAGAAUUACAGAGCUGGAACAGCAGAAGGCGCAGGAGUACAAGGACCACGAGCGUACCAGAUUGGCCCUGGAACAGGUGUGCGUAUA